AUGGCUCCCCAGGCGCGAAUCAUGAUGUCCUCCACGACAACCUUCCACCGGGCAGCUCUCUCGCCUCCCUUCUCCCUCCUCCUCCGCACUCGAACCAGAACAACCACACCAUGGAACAACACCCACCGAUUAUCUGCCCUCUCCCCGUCCUCGCCCCUUCGAGCCGUCUUCCACACCAGCUUACCCCGACCAUGGGGCCCUCGCGGUCCACCAACACCAGAACCCACCCAGACACAGACACCCACAAAAGGAGGACCAAAGGGGUCAAAACCACAGUUUGACCCCCUCGCGGCGAUAGACAAGUCAGCUCAGGAGCAGCGCCUCAAAUGUUAUAGCUGCUACGAGGAGCAGCGCAAAGCUGAUUGGGCGAUUAUGAAGGAAAUGUCGCGGUACAUUUGGCCAAAGGACAGCUUCGGCGACAAGAUGAGGGUCAUGAUCGCGGUUGGGUUGCUGGUCGGUGCCAAGGUGCUCAACGUACAGGUGCCCUUCUUCUUCAAGGAAAUCGUCGACUCUCUCAACAUGGACUUUGGGACCACUGGCGGGACUGUCACGGCUGCGGCUGGGGCUAUGAUUCUAGCGUACGGCGGCGCGAGGAUAGGAGCUGUCGUCUCGCAAGAGUUGCGAAAUGCGGUUUUCUCCUCGGUGGCUCAAAAGGCGAUCAGACGGGUGGCCACCAAGACGUUUGGCCAUCUGCUCAAUCUGGACUUGAGUUUCCACUUGUCCAAGCAGACAGGUGGUUUGACGAGGGCGAUUGAUAGGGGUACCAAGGGUAUCAGCUUCCUGCUGACGAGCAUGGUCUUUCACAUUGUGCCUACCGCGCUCGAGAUCACCAUGGUUUGUGGCAUCCUCACUUAUCAGUUCGGCUGGGAGUUUGCUGCCAUCACGGCUUGCACCAUGGCGACGUAUACCGCUUUUACCAUCUGGACUACGGCAUGGAGGACAAAGUUUAGGAGGCAGGCAAACGCGGCAGACAACCGCGCUUCGACGGUCGCGGUGGACAGUCUGAUCAACUACGAGGCGGUCAAGUACUUUAACAAUGAAAAGUACGAGAUUGGGCGCUAUGACCGGGCCCUGCAGCAGUACGAGAAGAGCAGCAUCAAGGUGGCGACUUCUCUGGCGUUUCUGAACUCUGGACAAAACAUCAUCUUCUCUUCGGCGCUGACGAUCAUGAUGUGGCUGGGUGCCAAGGGGAUCGUGGCGGGUACGCUGUCAGUGGGUGAUCUGGUGCUCAUCAACCAGUUGGUGUUUCAGCUGUCGGUCCCUCUCAACUUUUUGGGGUCUGUCUACCGCGAGCUGAGGCAGUCACUUCUAGACAUGGAGACUCUGUUUAAUCUGCAAAAGGUCAACGUCAGCAUCAAGGAGAAGGAGGGUGCCAAGGCGCUGGCUCUCCCCAAGGGCGGCGAGAUCAAGUUUGAGGAUGUCAACUUUGGAUACUACGAGGACCGGCCGAUUCUCCGGAAUUUGAGCCUCACUAUCCCCGCGGGCAAGAAGGUUGCUGUGGUCGGACCGUCUGGGUGUGGCAAGUCGACGCUGCUCAGGUUGCUGUUCCGCAGCUACGACGCCCAGAGCGGGAGGAUCUUGAUUGACGACCAGGAUAUCAAGGAUGUUACGCUCGAGUCUUUGAGGAAAAGCAUUGGUGUCGUGCCGCAGGAUACACCGCUGUUCAACGACACUGUCGAGUUGAAUAUUCGGUAUGGGAACAUGGACGCCCCGGCCGAGGACGUCUUUGCCGCGGCGCAGAGGGCGCACAUUCACGACAAGAUUGAGUCUUGGCCCCACGGGUACCAAACCAAGGUUGGCGAAAGGGGGUUGAUGAUCUCUGGUGGUGAGAAGCAGCGGUUGGCGAUUUCGCGGUUGAUUCUGAAGGACCCGCCGCUCUUGUUCUUUGAUGAGGCGACGAGCGCGUUGGACACGCACACGGAGCAGGCGUUGAUGAGCAACAUUAAUGAGAUUUUGCGGGGCAAGGAAAGGACGAGCGUUUUUGUUGCUCACAGGUUGAGGACGAUUUAUGAUGCUGAUUUGAUUAUUGUACUGAAGGAGGGAAGCUUGGUGGAGCAGGGGACGCACAAGGAGCUGCUGGAGAAGGGGGGGUUGUAUAGCGAGCUGUGGAGUGCGCAGGAGAGAUGGGGGGAGGAGGAGGAGAUCAACGCUGAGAAGAAAGAGUAG